UCCUCAUCGCUCGCCGCUUCAACCCAACACAGAAUCAAACGCACCCCUGACAGGCGGACCUGUUCAUUGCGCCUUGUCUACUUUCGGUAUCCGCCAUACUGGACACCAGUGAUUUGUUUUCAUAAAACAUGAGGAUUAUGAUUCCCUGUCAUGUAUUUAUCAUCGUUUCCUUGUUGGAUUUCCUGCGCGACGUCCAUGUGUCCGGCUGCGAUGUACACUGUGAAGAUAAACCGGUGUUCACUCCAUCCAGACUGGUAGUGAAACACGGCGACCCAACCUCUGCUGCGUGCUCUGUGUGCCGGUCGUGCCAAAGCAACAUUACCGGUUUGGAAAGAGCCGUGGGAGACCACACGACAAACGGAACCACAAUUUUAUGGACGGUUGAAAACAUGACUGAAUGGGCAACAUCACCCAUAUGCUAUUAUGCUAAGGCUGUUGAUGAAGGCCAGUGUUGCACUUUCCUGAGUGUGACUGUGUACAAGCCACCGGACAGCGUCUCCAUCGGCUUCACGAAUCACUCCGGGCCGAUGUUCGCCUCUCACCAGUACACUCUGCGGUGCGACGUGCUAAACGUCGCUCCGAUUGGGAACCUCAUCGUGACCUUCUACAGAGGUCGGACACCACUGGGUCCAGGAAAGUCAAAAGUUAAUGCUCAGAAGAAACCGGCGAGCGAGGUCUUCACGCUGAGCAUCAACGCCAGUAAAGAGGACGACGGAGUCCAGUACCGGUGCAAAGCCGAGCUGCAGCUGGGCCCUGAAGGACCACAGCCGCCUCCAGUGGUGGAGUCGCGAUCCCUCAGAGCCGCGGUCCACUAUAAGCCUCAGCACCAGGGGCCGACACGUCACGAUCCGAUCACCGUCACGGCGGGGGAUCCUCUGCGGCUGAACUGCGAGACCGAGGGAAACCCCGGCCCCUCGUACACCUGGACGCUGCUGCCCGCCAGUCUCCUGCCGCCCAACAGCAGCGUUCUCUCCAUCACGUCUGCAGCUUCUAAGCACGGAGGACGGUACGCCUGCUCCGCCAGCAACGCUGUGGGGACGACCACCGUCACCUUCCACGUGGUUGUCAAACCAAACAUCAUCCCGUACAUUGCAGUAGCUGCUGUUGUGGUCCUCAUCUUGGUGAUAAUAGUACCUGGUUUUUUGUACAAAUACAUCUGUAUGGGACAGUACACUCCGCCCCGUCCGGGAGACGUCUGUUGUUUUCGCAAUCAACGCGGCAACGCGUUGACUGCAAACUACAGGUCUGUAGUUCAGUCUUGACUUUGUCUGAGCUAACAGACUAAGUCUUAAUUUCUAAACUGUAGUUUCAUUGGUUGAAAACAACAUCGCACAUUUAAAAAGAUGUAGAUCAAUGUGAAUUUUUCUAUUGCCAUUUCAAAUUAAGUGUAAGAUGAGUUUCAAGUGCAGUAUUAAAAAGUAUCAUGGUUUAUUGAUUGUGGAUGUAGAGGCUGGAAAGACACAUUCUAAAGUUCCAUCAGGAUACUGAAACGGUGCAGAUUGUGUGUUGAUUGAAGAUAUGAUAUAAUAUAUGAUGUGUGAGCAUAAUCUAUAAAAAACGUAGUCUAUAUCCAUGACACCAAAUUUCUGACUUUCCCUGCAAUUAGUAAAAAAGUAAAUCAACAUCAACCCUAAAAAAAUACAACACUUUUCCAUAUUCUGAUUUACAAAGGGAACUGGCGAAUCAUUAUUGCUGACAUGGUUGCUCAUAUUGUUGCUCAUUUGUUGACGUGAAUGCUCUUUAUUUUUUUACUGUUUGUCCCGUUUUUUUAUUUUGGUCGUGUCACUGCGGGGAACUUCAUUUAGAGAGCCGCUGCCUGUAGAAAGUUCAAUACUAUGUGGAAAUCCUUGCACUGAUCCUCGCAGCCACACGUAUUGAGCCAUGGAAAGACUUGAGGUUGACCACACGAUAACCCACGUUUCCUGUGUGUUGUUGUGGUGCUAUCUCUCUCCGUCUGAGAGACAAUAAAAAAAGAGGAAUUCAAAGAUGUAUAAUAAUGAGCUUCACCCUGGAACUUCGGUGAAGAAAUGAUAAGCUUUGACUUUGUUUAUUUUUAAAAGAUGAAUAAAUGGAAUCACCCCCCAGUC